AUGUCAGAACGCGAUGAGACAUUGUUGAAAAAAACCAAGGUAAUCGGGAUAAUAGGUCUCGGAGAUAUGGGUCUCCUUUAUGCCAGGCGAUUUAGUGAAGCAGGUUGGAAAGUAAUAGGCUGCGACCGUGAAGAACAAUUUGACCAAUUGAGUAGAACCUACAAGGAUGAAAAGUUCUCUGUUAAAAGGAAUGGGCAUUUGGUAUCACGCGAAGCCGACUAUGUAAUUUACAGUGUGGAGGCUGAGAAUAUCGACAAGAUUGUUUCCCUCUAUGGGUCAUCUACUAAGUAUGGUGCAAUCGUUGGUGGUCAAACUUCGUGCAAAACCCCCGAAAUCGCUGCCUUUGAAAAGCACAUGCCUUCAGAUACUCGCAUCAUCUCGCUACAUUCUUUGCAUGGUCCAAAAGUAAAUACUACCGGUCAACCCUUGGUGAUAAUUCCUCACCGAACUGAUGAAGUCAAUUUGCAAUUUGUAAAAUGUGUUGUUUCUUGCCUCAAAUCUAAAGUUGUUACUUUAAGUGCUAAGGAGCAUGACCGAAUUACGGCCGACACUCAAGCAGUAACGCAUGCUGCUUUUUUGUCCAUGGGAGUUGCUUGGAAGUCUUGUAAUCAAUACCCAUGGGAAACACCCAAGUGGAUUGGUGGCCUCGAAAAUGCAAAAAUCAAUAUUUCACUUCGAAUCUUUUCGAACAAAUGGCACGUCUACGCUGGUUUAGCUAUUACAAACCCGUCGGCACACGACCAGGUCUUGCAAUAUUCAAAAUCCACUACCGAGCUAUUCACGUUAAUGAUACAAGGCAAGAAAGAAGAAUUGAAUGAACGAUUGCAAAAGGUUAAACGGUUUGUAUUUAAGCAUAUUACCGAUCACGAUCUAUUAUUAGAUGACAACAUUUUGGAAAAGUUUUCUUUGAACAAGACACCACCUGAAGGGAAACAGCCAAAUUCGCACCUUUCCUUAUUAGCAAUUGCAGAUAGCUGGUACAACUUGGGAAUAGUGCCCUAUGAUCACAUAAUUUGCUCAACUCCAUUAUUUAGAAUAUUUCUCGGUGUCACAGAAUACGUAUUCUGUACUCCUGGACUUUUAGAAGAAAGUAUAGGAGUUGCUGCCACUGAUACAUCGUUUAGACAAGAUGACUUGCAUUUUACCCUUGCUGCUGAGACAUGGGCCAAAAUAAUCAAGUUCGGAAACUUUGCUCUCUACAGGGAUGAAUUUGAAAAGACUCAAGCAUUCUUCCAACCCAUGUUCCCUGAAGCUAACGCAAUUGGUAACGAGAUGAUUAAAAUCAUUUUAGAAAGAGUUAAGCAACGGGAAAAUAAAAAUUAG